UAAUUUUCUAUUCAUACUCCCCCCCCCCCUCUCGCUCUCCGUAGAAAUGGAUUCCCAGAGGCUUAGAAAACCUUCUUGUUGGACACUGAAGCGCUUCUCUUAACAUCCGCCUCGGUGAGCCCCCUAUCCUACGUAGUCUCUCCGUUUUCUUCUACCGGUAACCCUCAAUUGAUGACAACGAACCUUACUUGGAAUAAGAAGAAGCGAGAGAGGAGAAGAAGAAGCGAGGGGUGAAUAGGCGAGGGAUAAGAUCGUAAAUUUAGGCAACAUCCCGUACCGGUGGAGGAGCUUUCGAUCGGUUGGGUUGAUCCAUGGAGGUAUUGGUAGGCUCAACUUUUGGCAUCGAUGUCUCGUCGCCGCCGGCGUAUUUAAGGGACAACGGCGUAGGUGGUGGCGCGCAGGAUAAGGCCCAUGAUGGCGUGGCUUCCCUCCGUCGUUUUCUAAAGGAAGACAACGAGACCCGGAAAGUGAACGGGUCGGGUUUGGGAAAUGGCAAGUCUGUUGAUGAUUCCUCUGACAGUUCGUCAAUUGGAGCUGAAAGCGAAGACGAAGAGGAAGAUGACGACGUCGUUUCGUCUGAGAAGGCCCUGGGAUCCCUUGCUUCACUGGAAGAGUCUCUCCCAAUUAAGAAAGGCUUAUCGAGUUACUAUUCAGGGAAAUCGAGGUCGUUCGCGGAUCUAUCACAGUUGGAUUCAAUUAGUUAUGCGAAGGAUUUGUGGAAGCCUGAGAAUCCGUUCAACAAGAGGAGGAGGAUUCAGAUGGCAAACAAGUGGUCAUCCUCUUCAAGGAGAUCAUCACCGUCUCUGUACACCUCAAUAUCGGUGCCUCUGCUUCCCCUGAAUGAAGAAGAUAACUUGGGCGAUGAAGCAGAAGAGCCGAAACAACAAGCACAGAAGAAGAAGGAGAAACCAUGGUUGAAGUCUGAGAGUUGUUUUGAAAUCUCAGAUCUUGGUGAAGAAGAAGAAGAAGCGUAGCCAGCAUAGCUUCUUUUUUUCGUUGGAGAAAAGAAUCGAAAUAUAAACAUUUUUAUUGAUAUAUAAAUAAAUAAUUUUUUUUUUUUUUGAAAAGGU